UAAAGUAUCAGAAGCUAGCAGAAGCAGAAGCAGGUCUUCCUUACAAUACAUAUAUAGGACCAUCCAUCAGGAGAAUCAAGAGUUCAAAAGAAAGACAUGGAAGAUAAAACUUGCCUUCCUCACCCUGCUCACAAUGAUGAAACUGGAAUAGUACGAUCAACUACAGAUCUUCCACGAGCCCCUGAUCAUUAUACAUUUCAAAUCAAGAAUUUCUCAUUAUUGUUAGGGAUGGAGGAGGAAAAAUGUGACUCUCGCCAGUUUGAAGUUGGCGGCUAUCAAUGGAGAUUGGAACUCUACCCAAAUGGGAAAAAGAAUAGCAAUGAGAAUGGUCACAUCUCUCUAUACUUGGCAAUAGCAACUACCAAGGAUCUUCAACUUGGGUGGGAGGUUAAUGCGAACAUAAAAUUCUUUGUGUUUGAUCAAAUCCGAGACAAGUAUCUCUGUAUUCAAGAUGCAAAUGGGAGAGUAAGACGCUUUCAUAAAUUGAAGACUAAAUGGGGAAUCGACCAAUUGCUGUCCCACGAUACUCUCAAUGAUUCAUCAAAUGGAUAUCUUGUGGAUGACACUUGUGUCUUUGGGGUGGAAGUUUCUGUUAGCAAAGGUCCUUGUAAAGGAGAGUGUUUGUCGAUGAUAAAUGAACCUCAACGUAAUUAUUUCACUUGGAAGAUUGACAACUUUACGGCCUUGAAAGAUAAAGAUUAUGCCUCCGAGCAAUUCACUGUUGAAGGGCAAAGAUGGAAGUUGAAACUCUUUCCGAAUGGAGUAGGAAAAGGAGCCGACACAUGCCUAUCUCUCUUCCUGAUGAGCUUAGGUGAUUCCGAAAUUCUUUAUCCUAACAAAAAAGUGUACGCAAAAUUCAAGCUUCGAAUAAGGAACCAAAUCAAUAGCAAUCAUCAUGAAAGGACAGUUGAGUAUUGGUUCUCUGGUCCCAACAUCGAUUAUGGUUUUUCCGAAUUUUUGUCACUAAGAGAUCUCAAGAACACAUCAAAUGGCUACUUGGUGGGUGAUGUUUUGUUCUUUGAAUGCAAAAUUGAUGUCAUAUCCUUAGUUAAGGAUUUAUCCUCAAAUUAAUGUCAAGUUAAUGCUUUU